AUGGUUGUACAACGCUACAGAGGACUUCGAGGAAUUGACCCGGCGAUGGAUAAAUUGAUCUCAAUUGAAGGUCUGGACACGUAUAAUGGACCAUCAACCAGAGAAUCUCCUGCAUAUCCGCGAAUUCUCCAAGCAUUUGAAAAUACGCGCAUGAUUGCUGAAUCGGUCGGCGCAAAAGUUGGAGACUGUCUACGCCUGGUGAUGCAAGAUGCCUCUCAUAUCUAUGUCGGCCUUAAGCAGAGCGUUGCUAAUGACUUUGUACAAUUACACAACGGGACAUGUACCGGUUCCAUCAACGAGGCACAGAAAGCGAUAUGGGGAGAGUCUCGUCGAUUCUGUAAUGUUUGCCUUUCUUGUUGA